AUGAGCAGCUUACCAAUGCUAUGGACAAAGUGUGUGUUAACUUUGGAGCGGAAGAUCCUAAAGAUUAUCCCAGGUAGAGUGUCAACAGAGGUUGAUGCUAGAUUGUCCUUUGAUGCAGAAGCUAUGGUUGAGAAAGCUCAAAAACUGAUUGAACUCUACAAACAGGCUGGCAUAGGUAGUGACAGAAUUCUGAUAAAAUUGGCAUCUACAUGGGAGGGAAUCCAGGCAGCAAGAAUUUUGGAAUCACAGUUUGGAAUUCAUUGCAACAUGACUCUGAUUUUUAAUUUCUACCAGGCAGUUGCAUGUGCUGAUGCAGGGGCAACUCUGAUCUCCCCAUUUGUAGGCAGAAUACUAGAUUGGUUUGUUGCUCACACAGACAAGAAAUCAUUUGAACCUCUUGAGGAUCCUGGUGUUAAGAGUGUGACAAAGAUAUACAACUACUACAAGAAAUUUGGUUGUAAGACAGUUGUAAUGGGGGCAUCUUUUCGCAACACUGGAGAAAUUCUAGGAUUGGCUGGCUGUGAUCUUCUCACCAUCUCUCCAGCAUUGUUAGAUAAACUGGAGCACUCCACAGAGACUGUAGUACAACAACUGGACAAAGAGAAAGCAAAAUCAUCUGACGUGAGCAAGGUUACAGUAACUGAGCAAGUAUUUCGAUGGCAGAUGAAUGAAGAUGAAAUGGCAACUGAUAAACUGAGUGACGGAAUACGUAAAUUUGCGGCUGAUUCUGUCAAGUUGGAGAAUGUUUUGAGGCAGAGGCUGGCUCAGUGA